UAUAGCGUAUGCACAGUGAGGCUAGGUUAAAAUUGAUUUCGUUAAUCAAUUAUUUGUGUGGUUUGAUGCAGGAAACGAUGAAAUUAGCUCCCACGUUCCUACGAUAAAGUUUUGUAGAAUUGCUCAAAAUGACAGAUUUAUUCGACAUCGCCAACCUUAUAACAACUGUCGGCGUCGACGGCGUCAAGAUCAAAUCGGAGCCUGGAUUACCCGAGAAAUCGUCCAACGAGAUUCUGACGGAGCUCUUCAGCACUUUUGAUGCUCCAGAUGACGGCGUCGCCUCGCCUGAAAAUCAGCAAAUCCCAAAUGACAUCAAAUCCAAGUUGGAUAAACUUUUAGCGAAAAAGAAAAAGAAAAAGCACAAGCACAAGGAGAAGAAGCACAAGAAAAGAUCGAGACACAACUCCUCGGAUAGCAACAGCGAUGUAGAAGGCACCAAGAAAAAGAAGAAACAUAAGAAGAAAUCCAAACGAAGACGCGAAUCUGUUUCGAGUAAGUCGUCAGACUCAGGUCAGACCAAAGUCAAAUUGGCAAAAUUUGAUGAUGAUGACAAUUUUGGAAUUCUGAAAAACGAUGAAUCAAAGUUAUUUGACAUUAUGUCAAAACAAGAGAGUAUGAAUGAUAUGACAAAAUUUGAGGAUCAGCUAUCUAUAAACAAAGAUUCAAAUAUCAUUGAUAAAAUUAUGGAUGGUUCUGCUAGUCCUUUAUUACCACCUAUAUCAAAGAAAACGGAUGAUGAAUCUGAUGACCCAAUAAUACCUAAAGUUCUUGAAAAGCCAAAGCAGUCUUCUCAAGGAAAAAUAUUAAUAAAGGAUCUCAAGAACAGUACUGUUUAUAAUGAAAUGGUUAAAGCAAUAGAAAAUAAGCAAAAAGCAAAAGGACUAAUGGAAGAUGGCGAGUAUAUAAUGGAAGAUGGCGAGCUAUCUGAUAGUAGUAGCAAUGACAAUGGGACACUUACUCUAAGUCCUACUCCACCUCAAGACAGAUCACCAUCAUUUAGCCCAAGUAGAGAAAAGAUGAGGGACAAAAUGUUUAGCCCAUCAAGAAAAUCAGUCUCUUCAAAAACUGAUCUUAGAUUGGUUUUGAAAAAAAAGGAGAAGAAAAGAGACAUAAAAGAAAGGGAUAGUAAAAGAAAUAGGAGUUGUCAUUCUCAAGAUAGAAAAAGAUCGAGAUCACGAAUGCGACACGAUUCGCGUCGCAGUAGGAGUGGUGGAAGAGAAAAACAGAGAGGCAGAAGCAGAGAAAGGCGUGACAGUGAUAAAAAUUAUGAAAAACGAGAUUCGGGUAGGAGUAGAGAAAGAUACAGACAUAGAAGUCGCAGUGAAAACAGAAAUAAAGAUAAGCAUGUGCGAGGCCGAAGUAGAAGCAGAGAAAGAAAGGAACGGAUAGAGAUUGAUAAAAAGAAGUUAUUAGAAAUUGCCAGAAGAAAUGCUAUAAAUAUGAUUAAGCAAGGAACUCUCCCACUAGCUCAGCAGGAUAAAGCUAUUGCUGCUAUACAAUCUGGUGGAAAAACCGUAGAUGAACUUACAGAUUUUUGUAAAUCAUUGUCAAAAUCUGAAGCAUUAGGUGAAUUAUCCAGUAUAUCUUCUGAAGGUGAAGAAAGUGAAUCUGAAAAGGGUUUUCAUCAUCCUUUUCUUCUAAAAGAAAGGCCUAGUUCUAUUAUAAUGAAUAUUAGAGAUGCAAAACAAUUGCCAACAAAAACGUUCCAAGAAAAAACAGCCGAGACUUCGAAUCAAUUACGACUGCAAUUUCCUGUUUCUAGUGGACAACAUCAUAGAAGGAGUGAAAAUGAAUGGGUGCCUGUUACACCAAAGAAACCCGAACCAAAAAAAGUAUUUGUACCGGCUUCUACAACAAACGAGCCACCAGCAAUAAUGCCACCACCUCCUGUAUCAGAACAACCUCCUCCUGUGCAACCUGCACAAACUGUUUUUCCCUCAAUAACAAAGACUGUGGAUAUUGGUUCCAUAGUAUCUGAAAGACUAGCAGCUAUGAGAAAAUUAACAGAAAAUCCAAAUGAUGUGGUUGCUUUGAAUGCAAUGCAUCGAGCACAAAAUGAGAUGAGAACUUGGGCUGAAAGUAAGCAGAUACCAGGUCAGUUUACUGGUAGUACAGGAGUUAGAGUACUCACACCAGCUGAACUAUCUUCAGGUUAUCAAGCCUGGGCACGUAAGGAUCAAUUAGUAUCAGCACAGCCUGUGUCAGGUGGAAUGGGUAUGGCAUUGCUGCAAAAGAUGGGUUGGCGACCAGGUGAGGGUCUUGGCAAAAACAAAGAAGGAGCCUUGGAACCGUUACAACUAGAAGUUAAACUGGACAAGCGAGGGCUAGUCUCCGAGCAAGAUAUCGGGCAGAAAAUUGGCAAAACUGUAAAGCCUGUAGUGCCAGCUGUUAAAACAUUGGAAGGCAAACAUCCAGUGUCACUUUUGGGUGAAUAUUGUUCCAAGAAAAAACUUGGAGCACCAGUUUAUGAGCUAUGUUUUGAAUGUGGACCAGAUCACAGAAAAAAUUUCCUCUUCAAAGUAAAAGUAAAUGGCAUCGAAUAUAAACCGAGUGUUGCAAGCCCUAACAAAAAACAAGCAAAAGCGGAAGCAGCACAAAUAUGUCUACAAAGUUUAGGUUUAUUACCUUCUUAAUAUCAUGCAUUAUAAUGAUUCAAAGAAAUUGUAAAUUAAACGCAUAUCUUCAUUUUUCAUCAAGAAAGUAACAUAUAAUGCCUUACAAAGAAUAUAAUUUUCUAUAUUGAUACUCUAAGAAUAAUUUCGCACACAAAAAACUAA